AUGAAGUUCUUGAUUGUAGCAGCCCUCGCUAUCGCGGCCGUGUCCGCUGAGGAAGCCAAGAAGACCGAGAAGCGAGGUGUAGCUGGACUCGGAUAUGGCGGACUUGGCUACAGCGGGCUUGGCUACGGUGGUAAUGGACUCGGCUAUGGCGGUUACAGCGGACUCGGGGGCUACGGAGGAUAUGGAGGUUAUGGUGGUUAUGGAGGCUACGCCGGAUACGGUGGAUACGCUGCCCCAAUUGCCGUAAGCAAGGUCGCCUACACCACUGACCACACUGGCUACAGCGGCUUGGGAGGCUAUGGUGGUUACGGUGCUUACUCUGGUCUCGGUGGUUACGGUGGAUACUCCGGAUUAGGUUACGGAUCGUACGGUCACGGAGGCUACUACGGUUCUAACGCCGGUUACGGUGGUCUCGGAUACGGAGGCUACGGUCACGGCCUCGGCUACGGAUACCACUAA